UCGUCUCGGUUUUCACUCCUCAUUAUAAAAAGGAGGAGUUUUCAGACCAACGUGCCUGACUAAACGGAGUCCCCCGACGGAGAGUGUAUUCAAGACGCACAAACUGUCUGAUUUUGACGAAAAAGGACGCGCUGGUCUCCGACAUGGCUGUGGCAGGAUGCACGAAAUGCAUUAAAUAUAUGUUAUUUUUAUUUAAUUUUAUUUUCUGGCUGGCUGGAGGCGUGAUCUUAGGAGUGGCCUUGUAUCUUCGCCAUGACAGUCAAACCAGCAACCUCCUCAUACUGCAGUUUGAAGGCCAGCAGGCACCAGGAACCUUCUAUAUCAGUGUGUACAUACUGAUAGCGGUCGGCGCUGUGAUGAUGCUGGUGGGCUUCCUUGGAUGUUACGGUGCCAUUCAGGAGUCUCAGUGCCUCCUGGGAACAUUUUUCUUCUUUUUGGUGAUCCUCUUUGCUUGUGAAGUGGCUGCAGCCAUCUGGGGUUUCAUGAACAGGGACACAAUCUCCAAAGAACUGAUCAACUUCUACGACUCUGCGUACAUCAAGGCUGUGGACGUCUCGGGGUCUCCUAGUAAAGACUCAGCCAUUAAGGUGCUGGAGGUCUUCCACACUACGCUCGACUGCUGUGGUAAAGGAGACGACACCCCACUCUUCAAACAAGUUGUUGGAACUUUGUGUCCGAGGAAGACCCCAGAAGACUUUCUGAAGUCACAGAGCUGUCAUUAUAAGUUGACCGAGCUGUUCUCAGAGAAACUCUAUGUGAUUGGUUUGGCUGCCUUGGUUGUUGCUGUCAUUAUGAUUUUUGAGAUGAUCUUCACCAUGGUGCUCUGCUGCGGGAUCCGUAACAGCCCUGGAGUGUACUAGACAUCCAGCCAACAAGCUCUUCUCUUAUUGUGUGUUGCCUGCUUUUCUUAGCGAGGAUGCAACAUUUAGAAGGAUAUUUCAAUUUUUAUUUUUAGUUAAGGAACAAAAUUAUUUUGAAUAACACUAAUCCAUCAACUCUUAUCUUUCUUACUCCUACAUUUAGCUUCUAUCUGUCAGAUUGUCUAUAUUUGCAUAUCAAUCUUUUUACAUACAGUGUGUUGUGAAAUAUUUCUCUAAUGUCCUUGAACGUAAUGCUGUUUCUAUGGGUGUAAAAAUUGUGUAUAUACUUGUUGUAUGUUAAAAACAGUAGGGAGAGUCUCCCUGAUUUAAUGUUUUUGGUAGUUUUUGCAACAUUAUCACAGUGUUAUUUUAUAACUUCAGCAGCAGGGCCUCAGUGGUUUAAGAUAAUGUACUGUCUCACUAUAAUGAGCGUCUUAAUAACAAGUCAGCUUGUGUGUCUGUUUGUCCUUUGUGUAUCUCUUUCUUUUUGGAAACUUGACAAAAACAGUUGUGUGUGUUCACCAAACCUGUUUUAACAACACUUCUUAAGAAAAAUGGAUUGUCCUUCUUUUCAUGGGAGGGGCAUCUGUGUUUCCCAACCCUUCAUUUUACGUAGUACCCUUUAAUAUGAUGCAACACCUUUAACGUGACAAUGAGGAGCUUAUCAGUGAUCCUGAAAUGGACUACACUAAAUACUGUUGUUUCUAUUUGGCCUACAAAAGCAAAAUAUACCAUCAGCCAAAGAUUGAUUAUUUCUGUGUAGUCAUUUUUAAUGCCUGGAAUUGCUGCCAGGGUAGAUGUCAGACUCAGUGUUUGACUACACACUGCCAGAGCAGCACUUUUUCAAAAUGGAAAAUUUUCUCAAGGAGUGAGAUAUGUGAGUGCUAAGAAAGCAAAAUGAGAUUUUCAUUCAAAUAAAACCAGAUAGACCAGAGCAAUUUCAACUCUUUUGUUAAUUCAGAUGAAUCAGACUGUGACUCAGUCGGUAGCGUUGGUUAUCCCGCACCUGGAAUGUCGUGGGUUUGAUCCCCGGCUCCUACAGUUACAAGUCACAGUGUCCUUAGGCAAGACACUUAACCCCAAUUUGAUCCCACUUUUGCACUGGUGGCCUGUAAAUGUCUAUGGACACGUCCAGAUGGGACUAGCUAAAACUGAUAGCCUCUCUCCAUAGUCCCCUUUACCAUCAGUGUGUGAAUAAGGAGUAAAUGAGAUGAAGCACUUUCAGUGGUCAGACAACUACAAAAGUGCUCUACAAGCUCAAGUCCAUUUACCAUUUACAAAUGACUUUCUAAGGCCUUAGGAAGGAUAACUGAAUUAAACAAAAUAAAAAAGAAGAAAAUAAACAUUUUUAACUCAG